CUUAAUAUACGAGAAAUGGUGAAGAAUCCUCUGAAAAUUUUUAUGCUGAUUAACUGCCUAGGGAUGUAUGAUUGGUCCUUAUCUGCUAAAUAUUUUUUAAAUAUAUAUGUUUUUGCUUCUACUAUUCAGAAUUCUGGGUCUCAAAGACAUAUGCAUUUUAUUAAGAAAACCUUAAAUAUGGAGAUUUUUGGAUGUUUUGCUCUGACCGAAGUAAGUCAUGGGAGUAAUACCAAGGCUAUUCGAACAACUGCCCAAUAUGAUCCCACCACUCAGGAGUUCAUCAUCAAUUCUCCUGAUUUCGAAGCUUCUAAAUUUUGGAUUGGCAAUAUGGGCAAGAAUGCCACUCAUGCAGUUGUAUAUGCUCAGCUAUAUACUCAAGGAGGCCAGUGCCAUGGAUUACAUUCCUUUGUUGUACAGAUACGAGAUCCAAAGACACUUCUUCCAAUGCCAGGAGUCAUGGUUGGUGACAUAGGAAGGAAACUCGGACAGAAUGGUUUAGACAAUGGAUUCACCAUGUUUCAUAAUGUUAGAAUUCCCCGGGAAAAUCUGCUAAACCGAACAGGUGAUGUCACCCCAGAGGGAGUCUACAGUACUUCCUUUAAGGAUGUCCGACAGCGUUUUGGUGCUUCACUAGGUACUCUGUCUACUGGUAGAGUUUCCAUCAUAGGAAUGUCUGUGGUGAAUUUGAAACUAGCCCUAUCAAUAGCAAUCCGUUUCUCUGCAACUCGCCGUCAAUUUGGACCAAAUGAUGAUGAGGAAAUUCCAGUCCUUGAAUAUCAAAUGCAGCAAUGGCGCCUGAUUCCUUACUUGGCAGCUACAUAUGUUUUAGACCAUUUCUCAAAAACUUUGUUCAUGGACUUGGUAGAACUUCAGCUAGGCCUUUUACAAAAUGAUAAAAGUAUCAGACAGGCUGAACUUGGACGUGAAAUUCAUGUAUUGGCAUCUGCUGGCAAACCUCUAGCUUCCUGGACUGCCCAACAAGGAGCUCAAGAAUGUCGAGAAGCUUGUGGAGGACAUGGCUAUUUGGCCAUGAAUCGUUUGGGCGAUAUUAGAAAUGACAAUGAUCCAAACUGUACCUAUGAAGGAGACAAUAAUGUCCUGCUUCAACAGACUAGCAACUAUUUACUGAACUGCAUUACAGACAGACAUCAAGAUAAAGUUCGUAUUGAAAGUCCACUGGAAUCUGUAAACUUUCUUGAAGAUUUUAAAGAUAUUCUUGGCCAGAAAUUUAUGAUAUCUCGAGUUGAAGAUUGCAUGGAUUCUUCAGUUUCUCUGGCAGCAUACAAGUGGUUGGUUUGUUACCUACUACGAGAGAGUUUUCAAAAAUUAAAUCAGGAAAGAAAAUCUGGAAGUGAUGAUUUUGAAGCAAGAAACAACUGCCAGGUAUACUACUGUCAUUCCCUUGCUCUUGUCUUCAUUGAGCAUACAGUUUUACAGAGGUAUCAUAAGUAUACACACCAUGCCAGCAUGCCAGCUUCUCUUCAGCCUGUCCUGAAACGUCUUGGUGCUUUGUAUGGACUCUGGUCUCUAAGUCGGCACAUGGAAGUUCUCUAUCAAGGUGGAUAUUUUUCUGGUGAACAAGCAGGUAAAAUGAUAAAGAAUGCUAUUUUGGACCUGUGUGCAAAGCUGAAAGAUGAUGCAGUUGCCCUGGUAGAUGUCAUCGCUCCUCCGGACUUCAUUCUGAACUCUCCAAUUGGCAAAGCCAAUGGCGAGCUGUAUAAAAACCUCUGGGCCACUGUCCUUCAGGGAAGCAAAGUCCUAGAAAGGCCAUCAUGGUGGAGAGAAUUUUCUUCCUAUAAACCCACUGUAGGAAGUUUGAAAUCAAAACUCUAGGUCCAGCAUGAAUACCAGGGCAUCACUUGGACAUGUAUCCUUGAGCAUUUGCAUCAUUUCUACCUACAAAGAUCCUGAGUACAGAGGACUUUCAUUUUGGCAUUUCAUUUCACUACUUCCAGAAGACUAUAAACAGCACUACAUUUUCUGGGACAGCACAUCUACUCUUAACAAUCAGCUCUAGAUCUAGAGGUGCCAAUCUUGUUUAACGUAAUUAUUUCCCUUGUGUGGUCAAGGGGCAAUGCCUAAUUUACUAUUAUAAUUUUCAUGCUUAUCAUGAUUUACUACCUAAAGUGGAAACAAGGUAAAGUAAUCAGCUUUGAUGAUGGAAUAGAUUAACUUCCUAUGCUCUAUUUCCCUAGUUAAAUCUGUUGAGUAUAGUCAGUCUUUAAGUGCCUUCUUUGGGAAAUAUAUUAUAUUAAUUGCUGGGGGAGAUACAAAUAGAAGACAAAGUUCCUUUGUAGGGAUUACAGUCUAACAGAGUCUGAUGAAAUGUUUAUAUUCAUAAAGAGAGCUCAGAUUAGAAUGUGAUGCAGGUAAAAGAAGAUUUCAAAAUGCCAAGAAAUAAAAUUCAGGAGCUAUCACUUUUAGCUGGGGAAAUCAAUGAAGACUUAAUGGAGGAGGUAACAUUUGAAGAAUACAAACAGGUAGUAGAGGUGAAAAAGGAGGACAUUCCAUGUGAGCAACUUGGAAGGGGAAAAGCAAAAAAGAGGCACUGCCUUGUCCAGGGGGGUCUAUAUCAUUGAUCUAUCUCUUAAAUCAGUCCGAGAACAUCAGCUUCACUAAGGACUUCAUUGUGCCAUUUGGUAUCUGCUGUAAAUCACUGCAAUUCAAUUUCAUUAAUCUGGGCUAAAUGAGGGAACACAAAGUCUGAAUUAUGAAUUUGGGAGAGCAUUGUGGUUUCCUUAUUUUUAAGCAUUUAACUCGAACUACCCAUUGAAGAAGUAUUUUUUAAAAGAGAGAAGAAAUCUAGACCUCAUUUGUUAAGAUCAUUGUUAAUUAGAGACAUUCAUUAUAUCCAAGUGUUCUCUUCAUUGAUUAAACCUGUUUCUCUUUAUCAGGUUAAAUAAAUCUAUUACAAUUUUGUUUUUAGUAUUUACU